AUGGAGAAAGACGCCAAGCUCAGCUCCAGUGUGGAGUCUGCACAGGUGUCGGUGGACAGAACAGAAGGGAAACAAAGCACUUUGGUUAACAGAUGGGCCAAGUCGUUCCAGCGUCUUGAGCCAAUAGCCUCUGAAGGAGAUGUGAACCUCGAGCUCAUGGACGCAGAAAGACGCCGUAACUACGAGCUCUCGAACCAACCAUACCGCAAAACGCUGGACCAACGACACCUGAUGAUGAUCUCGAUCGGAGGCACACUCGGAACCGGGCUUUUUAUCGGGCUGGGUUUUUCGCUGGCGUCGGGACCGGCCUCGUUGCUAAUCGGGUUCUUGAUCGUCGGGCUGAUGAUGUUCUGCGUGGUGCAGAGCGCUGCAGAGUUGGCUUGCCAAUACCCAGUUUCCGGGUCGUUUGCGGCACACGUGACCCGGUUCAUGGAGCCAUCGCUGGGAUUCACGGUGUCCACCAACUACGCGCUAGCGUGGCUCAUCUCAUUCCCCUCAGAGCUGAUCGGUUGUGCCAUGACUCUGCAGUACUGGAACACGAGCGUGAACCCAGCAGUGUGGGUGGCCAUCUUCUACUGUUUUAUCAUGGGGCUUAACCUGUUCGGUGUUCGUGGGUACGGCGAAGCAGAGUUCUGGAUGUCUCUUUUCAAAGUCAUUGCAAUCUUCGUCUUCAUCAUCAUCGGUAUCGUGCUCAUCUGCGGUGGAGGACCACAAUCCGACGGUUACAUUGGAACCAAAUACUGGCACAAUCCAGGCUCUUUUGCCGAACCGGUUUUCAAAGGUCUGUGUAACACUUUUGUCUCUGCAGCCUUCUCAUUCGGAGGUGCCGAAUUGGUGGUCUUGACCGCUUCUGAAUCCCGUAAAGUCGAGUCUGUGUCUCGUGCGGCAAAGGGAACUUUCUGGAGAAUCGCUAUUUUCUACAUCACUACUGUCGUUGUGAUCGGAUGUCUGGUACCUUACACCGACGAACGUUUGUUGGGUGGUAACAGCAGUGAAGACGUGAGUGCCUCUCCAUUUGUGAUUGCCCUAAGUGGACAAGGCUCUAUGGGUGUCAAAGCUUCGCACUUCAUGAACACUGUUGUUUUGAUCGCCGUUUUAUCCGUAUGCAACUCGUGCGUGUAUGCAUCUUCGAGAGUGAUUCAAGCGCUGGGCGCCAGCGGACAGCUCCCCAGAGUCUGCGGUUACAUCGAUCAGAAGGGCAGACCACUAGUUGGUAUCAUCAUUUGCGGUGUUUUCGGUUUGCUUGGUUUCCUAGUCGCUUGUGACAAACAGGGCGAUGUUUUCACAUGGUUGUUUGCAUUGUGUUCUAUCUCAUCCUUCUUUACUUGGUUCUGCAUAUGUGUUUCUCAGGUACGCUACAGACUAGCGUUGAGAGCACAGGGCAGAUCCUCAGACGAAAUCGCCCACAAGUCGAUGCUUGGUGUUUACGGUGGUAUUCUGGGUGCAGUUCUCAACGCCCUAUUAAUUGCUGGUGAGAUUUAUGUGUCAGCAUUCCCUCUAGGUUCAAAGUCAAGCGCUGAGCAAUUUUUCCAAUACUGUUUGAGUAUUCCAAUCAUGAUUGUCGUCUACAUAUUGCACCGCCUGUAUUUCAACAGAAACAGACGUGUGCUAACGCCUUUGAAAGAAAUUGAUCUCGACACCGGCACUAGAGUUCGCGAUCUAGACCUUUUGAAAAGCGAUGUACUGGAAGAAAAGGCCAGACUUGCUGCCAAACCAUUGUACUACAGAAUCUACCGUUUCUGGUGCUAA